AUGGCCGGCACGAGCCUCUCUCACGUCAUCCAAUCGACGCUCCUGGAACUCCCCACACCCACCCGCCACGUCAGAAUCUCCGCCAAAAGCCACCGCAUCUCCGCCACCUCCGAUCCACGCCCCGAGGGACCCUACUGCAUCUACGUCGGGCCCCUCGAAACCGCCAACAAAGAGAACCUCGAAGCUCUCUAUUGCCAAGCCCGGAAUGCGUAUUAUAGUGGUCACCCUCUCAUUGUUGAUGACAUGUUUGAUAGAGUAGAGUUAAGGUUAAGAUGGUAUGGUUCAAAGUCUGUUGUCAAGUAUCCUCGGUGCAGUAUCAGGAGGCAAUCCACAUUUGCUGAUGCUGAGGAAGAUCUGUCUAUGGUUUUUGCUUUAGCAAGCACAUGGGCCAUAUUCCUUGCAUUUGGCAGUUUAGCCUGUGUUGGGCCCAUAUCAUACACUGUUGGCAUGGCUUAUCAAAAUGCAUUCGAUUCAGGCUUAUCACUUGGUAGCCAAACAACUGGAGUUGGGUUUCUGGCCUUGGUGAACAGCCUUAUUUUCGUUGGGCUGGGUUUUGUAAUCGGCUAUCCUGUUGCAUCAGCUUCAGUUAAGGUGCUUCAAGGCUUGUGGAUGAAUGAUUUGGUGGCACUAAAAGGCGCAUGUCCAAAUUGCGGAGAAGAGGUAUUUGCAUUUGUGAGAAUGGACAGGAAUAUUGAGUCACCUCAUAGAGCAGAUUGUCAUGUGUGUGAAUGCAUAUUAGAAUUUCGUACAAAAGUGGAGCAAUCAGUCUCAAGAUUUGGUAGACAGUGGGUUUAUGGGCGUAUUUAUCUCGUUUCACUAAGAGGCAGAUCCCGACGCUAA